AUGAUCGAACAAUCCGCUGCCAUUAAGGCAAUGCAACAUUGCAUCACAGACAUCAGAAAAUGGAUGCUAGCAGACAAACUGAAGCUAAAUGAUGAUAAAACGGAGUUCAUCAUUAUCGGAACAAGGCAACAGUUGGCAAAAGUAAGUGUUGAUUCACUAUGCAUCGGAGACGAAAUUAUCAAACCAUCUAGCGUAGUAAAGAAUCUCGGCUCCUGGUUCGAUACGCAACUGAAAAUGGGCUUACACACAUCAAUAAAUGCUGUAAAGCAGCAUUUUUCCAUCUAUUUAAUAUCAGACGUAUUAGGAAAUUUCUCAGCUUUGAUACUACACAAAUUCUUAUCAACGCUUUGUUACAAGUCGACUUGACUAUUGUAACAGUCUCUUGUAUGGUCUGCCCGCCAAUCCGAUUUACAAACUCCAACGAGUACAUAACUCCGCAGCAAGACUGAUUUGCAAUAUUAAUUGGUUUGAUCACAUCACCUCUGCGCUGUAUAAGCUACAUUGGCUGCAGAUACAGAAUUAACUUUAAAAUAUUACUUAUCACUUAUAAGGCAAUUGAUGGUCUCGCUCCUGAAUAUAUUUCUGAACUCACCAAAUUCAAGGCUGCAUCCAGAUACAAUCUACGAUCAUCAACUGAACUGUUGCUUGAGAAACCGGGAACAAAAACAUUAACCACUUUGGGCGACCGAUCCUUCCAAGUGGCUGCACUUACGCUGUGGAACAACCUCCCAGCGGAAAUUCGUAACGCCUGCAAUGUUGCAAGCCAAGGAAAAAAACAUAGCAGCCAAACACCAUGACUGUCGAAAAUAUCAUUCAGCAUCAUCUAAAGCAAUGGAGCCUGAUUCAGCUGUAGAAAUGUUUAACAAUGCUCUAAACGACAAUGUAAAAUUUACUUCUUACAUUGGUGAUGAUGAUUCCACCACUGAAGCCCACAUUCGGCAGAAUGUUUCGUAUAGUGUUGAGAAACUGAGUGAUGUUGUGCACACAAAAAGAUCACCACCUGGUGUCAUUACAUAUGGUAAAGAUCUAUAUGGCGAAGAUUUGAAAGCUACCCUACAACAAAUAUUUAAUGAAUACAGUACUAAUGUUGUAGCUGAAAAGUUAUGCCCCCUCAACUGA